CGGCUAGCAGAAACGUGUGUUAGCAGACCGUCUUAGUUGUGUUGAGAAAGAGGUAAAAUGUGUAAAGUCCAGAUGCUGAGAGCGUUGGUGGAGCAGCGACUAACUGCGGCUGCUGAAGAGAUAUUUGGGCUGUUUGAAAGAACGAUAGCAGAGUACGAGGAGGAACUUUGUCGUUCAAAAGAAGAGAACGAGCGCCAACGGGAACUACUGGAUGUUGUUUUCAAGCCUCAGCUUCGGUUACAUAGAGCAGAUGUUAAGCAGCUGUUGGUGGUAAAAGGAGAGGUCCCCCUUGAGCAGCAGAAGUGUAGGUCCAGUGUGGACCAGCGGGAGCCAGAGCCCCCCCUACACAUUAAAGAGGAACAGGAGGAACUGUGUAGCAGCCAGGAGGGAGAGCAGCUUCAAGGGCUGGAGGAGGCUGAUAUCACCAAGUUCCCAUUCACUCCUGUCCCUGUGAAGAGUGAAGAUGAUGUAGAGGAAGCAAAGACCUCACAGCUUCAUCAAAGACAAACUCAUUCACAACACAUGGAAACAGAAGCUGAUGGAGAGGACUGUGGAGGACCAGAACCAGCCAGCAACACACAUCCACGUUUACAACCAGAGACUGUAGACCAGACUGGAGACUCGUCUGAUCCUGAGACUGAUGACAGUGCUGAUUGGAAGGAGACCAGAGAACCCCAGUCAGCUUUAAACUCUCUGAAACAUGAUUCAAGAUGUAACAAAACAUACAGCUGCUCGGAAUGUGGGAAAAGAUUGGGCUUUAAGUCACAUCUGAAGACACACAUGAUAAUCCACACAGGAGAAAAACCUUUCAGCUGCUCUGAGUGUGGUAAAGCUUUCAACGACAGUGGAAACUUGAAGACUCACAUUAUGACUCACACAGGAGAAAAACCUUUCAGCUGCUCAGUCUGUAAGAAAUCCUUUACACGGAGAGGAAAUGUACGGUCACACAUGAGAAUCCACACAGGAGAGAAAAGACUAGAGGGCAUUAGAGAUGGUCUUCUCAAAGCCCAGGUACAUUAAAUGUCCAAAGUCAGGUGCAGAUUUUGUCAAAAGGGAGGUUAGAAAAUAAGAUAUCUUAAUUUAUUGUUCCCGGGGGAUCUUGUAAAGUCUAACAUCCAAUGUCUUGAGUGUCAUUUUGUCAUGUCUUAAAAAGGUUUUACCCUCGUUCAUUUGCAGAAACGCUAGCCCCAGAAAACAAAAGUAUCAAGUCAUAGCCUUCAAAGUGGAGCUCAAGAGCAGAAUGCUUCCUUCAGAAUGUAAGUUGUGGUGAGUUGCUGGGCUAUAUUGGUGUUGGUACACAGUGAUACAACUUCUAAUUCUGUGAUAAAUGCAAUACCUGUCGGCAUAAUACGUCUGCAUCUCCUCAGAGUUUAAGGUUUGGCUAGGGCCAGGCCUGCGUGAGGAGAAAAUGUACUGUUAAUAAUGUGGGCUAAUUAAAAACUGUCGUUGGACGCACUGGAGGACAGAGGGACAAAGUAAGCACGCCUCCCUGACCGGUACCGGGGCGUUAGCGGUAAAACUGAGCGGAGGAUGUGGGAAUGUGUCGCUGUGUGUCGGAGCCUGGCUAGCCGCUCUGUGCCUUCAGACAAAGCUCAAGCUAACAGACUAACAACUUAUUAGCUAGCCAAGCACCAAGCGGUAACAUCUGCAAAGAUUGGAUCUGUGAGCUCAUUAAUCUGCUGCGGUGUGCUUCUUAAAACAAACAGAGCGAGCCGCCGCCGGAAUCUAACAUCUGUUGAUCUGUGUAGGAAUUGAAUUCCUUAUCUAUCUAUCUAU